GCAAAAUCAUCAAGUCCUGCCCUGAGUGUCGGAUCACGUCUAACUUUGUCGUCCCCAGUGAGUACUGGGUGGAGGAGAAGGAGGAGAAACAGAAACUCAUCCAGAAGUACAAAGAUGGCAUGGGCUCUAAGUCGUGCCGGUACUUUAACGAGGGGCGUGGCACCUGUCCGUUCGGGGCGAACUGCUUCUACAAGCACGCGUACCCUGACGGGAGACUGGAGGAGCCACAGCCACAACGACGCAUCUCCAGCAGCGCCGGGCGGCAGCGGAGCUCCAGAAGGACGCCGCUGUGGGACCUGCUAGAUGAACGCAGGACGGAGGAGGAGCCCAGCGAUUCGGAGGACGGGUGGGACUUCUUUCACCAGGAACUGCACGAGAUACUGGAGACACUGGAGCUGCUGGCAGGUGGGACAGACGAGGAGCCCAGCGACUCGGAGGACGAGUGGGACUUCUUUCACCAGGAACUGCACGAUUACUACGACGAGGUGUACCUAUAGCGCCCCUCCAACCCAAACCCACCCCCGCCCCAUACGCCCGGUAUGGACCCCCCUCCAUAGGCCCUGUGUGGACUGUCAUGUGUGUGUGGUGGCAGUAGCUUCCCCCGGUGUUGUGGCUGUGCCUUUCAGCCAUUAUAAAUAAAGAGUUUAAAUGAAAUAAAGGAUAAAUAUACGGACGAACAGGUCGGUGCCCUCGUGCUCCAGAGCCCCCCGGUCCCGCUUAUUUAAAAAGGAGCGAGAAAAACAGCUAAAGACAAUAUAUAAUUAAUGAUAAAAAAAUCUAAAUAAUAAAAUCCAUUGGAACAAUAUGACUGAUAAACCCUCUUGACUUUGUUCUUGGGUGUGGGUUAUAUGAUCUGCCCAGGUGUUUCUACAGUUCACUUCAGAGGAUGAGGGAUCGAGUUCAGGCCAUUUUACGGUGCUUUUAAUUCCUCUCGUUUUAAUGCACUGAAUUUGGGGAGUGGGGGGGGGGCACAUAUGCACAAACGCACUCUUAAGUUCAUACAUACUAAUCAUUUCCUGUCCCGAGGUAUGAAAUGUGAAUGAGCUUUUUCAACAUAACGGGUCCAAAAGCACACCUCUCAGUCUGGCCUGUCCUGAACACCUGCCGUGCCUAACGGCAAGUCCCCCAGAACACGCUUCUUACACACAUGACUGUCUGUUGAGAUAUUUACUGUUGUCUGUUUUCAGUGCCCAGUAUGUUUUAAUGCUCUCUGGGAAAAGCCAAAAACCCUGGACUGUUUUCCCAUCUGUAUCCCACUGCUAUGAAAUGAGUAUAUUUAUAUGGAAAUAUGUUGUUUUCUAUGAUCCACUACCCCUUCCACAUUAUUUGGAGAUUAAAGUUUAUUAACAAAUGAA